ACGUCACUUCUCUUUAGCGGUCUGACAAUUGUUCAUCGACUAAACGAUCUACUAAAACGCAGCAAAAUGCCAAACUAUUCUUUCAACGGUACCCGUAAACCUGGACGCUAUGUUAAUUCAUGGAGCACCGAGUCUGCAGAGACAACUCCGAAAAGCUCUUGCUUGAAAUUUCGUCGCAUGAAUUCCUGCGAAACGAGGGAUGAACGCCAACGCGAACUGGAGAAUCAUACUGAAGCUAACAAGGAGGGGAAAAUUUUAGAACGAGACGUUAUAACAGACGUUUCCACUUUUGUAUCCCAGGUACCUCCUGAAGAACUUCUAAAAAAUGGUACAAAAGGCAUGCAGAAAGCUGCCGAGGCGAAACCCGUUUACGUCGAUCCAUCUUGUUCAUAUACAGCAGUCAAGUCGACUACCGGUGGCAAUCCUUUUAAACGACAAGCGAAAUAUAACGUGUCAGGACAAACAAAGAAAGAAGCAGCCUAUCAACAACAGCUAGCAGAAGCAACCCGAGCAGCCAAGCAAGCUAGUGAGCGCGGAAUACCAAGGCUGCAGGUACUUAAUGACGAUAGUUAUCUGCGCAAUAUGGGCAGUGAUGAGAAAACCACAGAACUUAGAAAAUGCCCCUGCUUUCGCAAGGAUGAGAUGGCUCUUCGCAUGGGAAUUGAAAUUGAGAAAUUGACCAAAGCAAAUUUGAAAGUGACAACAGCGAAUAAAAAGAAGGGAUCGAAGGAUGACGGAGCUUAA